CACGCCAGUCUUAUCAGUCGUAAGCAAGAUUUCGACAAUACAAGGGAAAACUGGAUCACAAUUAACACGAAUAUGACACGACUUCCUCUCAUUGCUGUUUGCUGUAUCCUAAUAAAAGGAUGUACAUCCAAUCUGUGUAAUACAUUUACCGUAUUACCAAACACUCAGACCAGGAGUAUCUAUAACACGGCUGACCAUACACCAGUAAACCCGAUAUGCGACGACAAACUUAUUCCCGGCUGGUAUGCCUUUGAAUAUUCGGCGUCUAUUCCGACGUCUUGUCCCCAAACCUUCAGCUGCGGCACGCUUCUUCCUGUAUGGAUGAAUGGCAGCCAUCCCAGCGCUACGGAGGGGCCUGUGACAAGGAAGAUGUGUGUGAACGCAGGUUUUGAUACCUCCUGUUGCUCGUCAAAAUUUGACAUUGGAGUCAAAAACUGUGGCACGUUCAUGAUAUAUUACCUCAACCCAACACCCGGAUGUCCAAUAGCGUAUUGCUCAGAUUAUAAGGAUUCGCGCAGUACUACCGGAGUCACUCUCACCACGGCUGGGACAACUUUGUCCACUUCAGCCCUAACCAAACCCUCAUUGACUACCACACAACCCACCAACGCCACCAAACCAUCAGCAGCCAAACCGCACUGGAUCACGUUUGGACCUUGAUUUUGCAGAAUACAGUGUAUACACUUCACAUGAUCUUUUGGUUGUUAGUUUUUAUGACCCACCUUCAUGUAUAUUAUAGCACAAGAUUAAUUCCAAAUAGGGAAAAUGUUGUAGCUUCCGGGUAUGUAAAUAAUUAA